CCACAAUGAAUGCUCCAGUCAUUAAGUGUUCUCUGAUCCUUGAAAAGACAUGUUUGCAUAGUCAAGCCUCGUUGGGCAAAGAAAACCUGAAAACAGUUUCCUUGUCAUUAUUGAGGAACGAGUUCCAGGAAAUAAUAUUGAAGAUCCAAGAGAAGGCGAAUAAGGAGCGAAAAAUUCUAGUCAGACAAGACCAAUUAAGCGUCCAUCGGAAGUUCGUGAGGGAAGGCAAGCUGACAAUUCUAAUCACUGAUCAAGGACUUGGACUAUUCAUCGCCAACGCUCCUCCGCACGAGUUGGUUCAAUUCGUGAAAACCUUCGCUGCCAAAUUAGCCGGAAAUAAACUCAAACCUCUCAUUAGUUCCAGACAAAAACUCUUAUCGAAUUUGCCGUCAGUCGUUCAAGAUAUUAGCCCAAUCACCGUGAAAGAUGUGCAAAACCUCAAGAAAAGUGAAAGUAAUCGUCAAGGGCUGUUGAAAAUCCAGAUGGACUCUCCCGUGUCCGCUCGCAAAACCACCAUCAAACGAAGUCGUUUGACGUUGAACGAGAAAGAGAAUGACGAAGAACAGAAACCGUGCUCCAAAAGUCCUCGUCUGGAGUUGAAGCGGACCACAUCUAGAUUGGAGCUCACGACCGAGCAAAAAGGCGUUCUGGAGGUUGUAAAAUCAGGACGGAAUGUUUUCUUCACCGGUGGGGCCGGGGUUGGCAAGAGCUUCCUGAUUAAGAAAGUGAUCGGGGCCCUUCCACCCGAUAGUACUUACGUCACAGCUAGCACGGGUGUGGCGGCCUACCACAUUGGUGGCAUGACCUUGCACGCCUUUGCCGGAGUUGGGAGUGGUCAGGCAAGUUUCGACAAAUGUCUGGAAUUGGCUCGCAAACGUAAAGGGAGCAACGAUUGUUGGCGGAAGUGCAAGCACCUGAUUAUUGACGAAAUCUCCAUGGUCGAUGGGCGGUUUUUUGAGCUUCUUGAAUCCAUUGGACGAGCCAUGAAGGGCAAUAAACGGCCUUUUGGUGGCAUUCAGUUGAUAGUGGCCGGGGAUUUCCUUCAAUUGCCUCCGGUUUGUAAAGGACGGGACGUGAAACGACAUUAUUGCUUCCAAACUAAUGCGUGGAGGCAAACCAUGCAUGUGAAUAUUCAAUUGACCACAGUCAAACGACAGAAUGACGAGAAGUUUAUCGAAAUCUUAAACAACUUGAGGAGAGGCCGUUGCAGUGAAACUGAAGCGAGUAUAUUGAAGGCCACGGCCAAAAAUCCCAUCGAACGUGACGGCAUCAUAGCUACGAAACUGUGUACGCAUACCCAAGAUGUGAUCAAGAUCAACAACGAUCAGCUGGCCAAACUUCCUGGCUCAAUGCAAGUUUUCAAUGCCGUUGACAGUGACCCGGGUUUGUCCACCAUUUUGGAUAAUCAGCUCCCUGUUUCUGCCAAAAUAGAAUUGAAAAUUGGUGCACAAGUCAUGCUCAUGAAGAAUCUUAAUAUCCAAAACGGCCUAGUCAACGGUGCCCGCGGCCGUGUUGUGGCCUUUGACCGCACAUCAAAUUGCCCUGUCGUCCAAUUUGCUUGUGGGGUCAGUGAGACUAUUGCUAAUGAGAAAUGGACCGCCAAAAUGGCUGGAGGCACGUUGCUCACCCGAAAGCAACUCCCCCUAAAACUGGCAUGGGCGUUUUCGAUUCACAAAUCCCAAGGGAUGACUUUAGAUUGCGUUCAAAUGACACUUUCCAAAGUCUUUGAAUGUGGUCAAGCUUAUGUGGCCUUAUCGAGGGCCAAAAGCUUGGAUACGGUGCAAAUACUGGAUUUCUCACCCAGAUGCAUUCAAGCAGAUUCCUUAGUACUAAAGUAUUAUCUUCGGUUACAAAUGUCAUGAUUUACUAAUAGUGUAAUUCUUUUGUUGUAAUAUCUUACUAUUCCCUUUUUUGACCUGUUUGUUGACCUCUGAAUAGAUGCGCCUUUGUAGACUCUGA